AUGCUAAUACAAGACCAACUGCUGAUUCUAAUCAGUGCCCAGUCUUCCCUGUGUCUCCUGUCUCAGUGUUCAGUAGAAUGUGCCCAUGGCCGGUGUGUGUCUCCUGAUACGUGUCAGUGUGAACCGGGCUGGGGAGGAGUGGACUGCUCUAGUGGUUGUCAGGCUGACUUCUGGGGCCCCCACUGCACUAACCGGUGCCAGUGUCAGAACCGGGCCCAGUGUAACCCCAUCACGGGGGCGUGUGUGUGUACGGACGGGUACCAGGGCUGGCGCUGUGAGGAGCUGUGCGAGGCGGGGCUCUAUGGGAAGGGAUGCCAGCUAGAGUGCCAGUGUCUCAACGGUGCCACCUGCCACCACGAGACCGGAGAGUGCCUCUGUGCACCGGGAUACACCGGGGCUAUCUGUGGUGAGCGGUGUCCCUCUGGUAGUCAUGGCGCCCAGUGUGAGCUGCGUUGCCCGUGUCAGAACGGUGGAACGUGCCAUCACGUCACGGGGGAGUGCUCCUGCCCCGCUGGAUGGAUGGGCUCGGUGUGUGCCCAGCCGUGCCAGUUUGGCACCUACGGCAUCAACUGUAGCCAGGAGUGCCCCUGCCGGAACAGAGGUCUGUGUGUGUGUGACCAUGUCAGCGGGCAGUGCCAAUGUACCGCCGGCUACAGUGGAGAGAGAUGUCAGGAGGAGUGUCCGGGGGGGUCGUACGGUCCUCAGUGUUCACAUAAGUGUGACUGUCAGAACAGAGCGAGGUGUUACCAUGUCAACGGGGCCUGUCUGUGUGACGAGGGGUUCAAAGGUCCGAGCUGUCAGGACAGGUUCUGUCCCUCUGGACAGUAUGGACUCAUCUGUGAUAAAUACUGUCCCUGUAACUCCUCAAACACACUCAGCUGCCAUCCGUUGUCGGGGGAGUGUGCGUGUGCGGCGGGGUGGGCGGGUCUGUUCUGCAACGAGACCUGUCCGUCAGGUUACUAUGGCGAGGGAUGUAAGGAGGCAUGUGCGUGUGCCAACGGAGCCGACUGUGAGGGCUUCACCGGAGCCUGCGUCUGUGCCCCCGGGUACACGGGUGAUGACUGUUCUCUGACCUGUCCUACUGGGGUGUAUGGGGCCAACUGUUCCUCUCCCUGUUCCUGCCACAACCAGAUCGCCUGCUCACACAUCGACGGAUCCUGCAUGUGCAGAGAAGGUUGGCAGGGUGUGGAUUGUACCAUCUCGUGCUCCAGUGAUACCUGGGGUCUGAACUGUAAUCAGACGUGCCUGUGUGCCAACGGGGCGGCCUGUGACCCGGGCAAUGGAACCUGUACCUGCGCUCCCGGCUGGAUGGACGAGUACUGUGACACAACCUGUCCCGAGGGCGCGUAUGGAGAACAGUGUCGAGAGCAGUGUGACUGUAUCCAUGCCGAUGGCUGUGAUCCUGUGAGAGGCGACUGUCGCUGUCUGGCUGGAUGGACUGGUGUGAACUGUGACAGUGUGUGUGUGGAGGGCCGAUGGGGCCCAGACUGCUCCUACUCCUGUACCUGUGAGAACGGAGGCUCCUGCUCACCGGAGGACGGGACGUGUGUGUGUGCCCCCGGAUACAGAGGCACCUCCUGCAGACGCAUCUGUUCUCCAGGGUUCUAUGGUCAGCGCUGCAGUCAGUCCUGUCCUCAGUGUAUCCAUAGCGAUGGUCCCUGUCACCACAUCACAGGACACUGUGAGUGUCUGUCAGGAUUCUGUGGCUCUCUGUGUAACCAAGUGUGUCCCAGUGGCAGGUAUGGGAAGGGCUGUGCAGAGCUGUGUAUGUGUAGUAACAACGGGACCUGUAACCCCAUCGAUGGCUCCUGUCAGUGCUACCCAGGAUGGAUCGGAGAGGACUGCUCUAAAGUGUGUCCCCAGGGUGCGUGGGGUCCAGACUGCAUCCAUACCUGUAACUGUCACAACGGGGCUCAGUGCAUCGCUACAGACGGACAGUGUAGCUGCAGCGCAGGGUGGAGCGGACUCUACUGUACACAACGUUGUAGUUCAGGGUUCUUUGGUACCGACUGCUCUGAGGUGUGUCGGUGUCAGAACGGAGGGGACUGUGACCACAUCACUGGUCAGUGCUCCUGUCGGACCGGAUUCAUCGGACACAGCUGUGAACUCAAGUGUCGUCCCGGUACGUUUGGUUAUGGCUGUCAGCAGCUGUGUGUGUGUAUGAACAACGCCACCUGUGACUAUGUGACUGGAACCUGCUACUGCAGCAUCGGAUACAAAGGCAUCCGCUGUGACCAGGCUGCCCUGAUGAUGGAAGAGCUGAAUCCUUACACCAAGAUCAGCCCGGCCUUGGCAUCAGAGCACCAGUCAGUGGGCGCUGUCAUGGGCAUCAUCUUCCUCCUCCUCUUCAUCAUGACCGUGUUGGGGGUGGUGGUGUGGUGGCGGCAUCACCAGAGAGAGAAAGGAGGGCAGCACAUGCCCAGUGUGUCCUACAGCCCUGCCCUGAGGAUCAGCAGCCAGGGUUACUCCCUCUCUGGUGAGACGCUCCAGACACUACCACUUAGUCGUGGCAUCAGUGUACAGGCUUUGUUCUCCUCUCUAGACUCCUCUCCUACCAUCAGCAACGUCAGUCGUUGUUUCACUAACCCCUCCUACCACACUCUGGGAGCAUGUACCUACGCUGGCCACUACGCCAAGCCUGACAAGAAGACCAGAAGGGCCAAGGUGAAGGACAAGAGGUUAAACAGGAAUAGUGCUCCAGAGUGGACAGCCUACUAUAACCUCGAUGAACUGGGUAUGUGUGUACCGUGUAGACAGAGCUACAGCUCCUACCAUGAACAGUACCACAGAGACUACAUGAAGGGUUCCCUCAGCACCUGUUCUCUGAACAGUGAGAACCCCUACGCCACCAUCAAUGACCCGCUGGCCGUGGCCUGCAAACACACAGAGAGCAGCUAUGUAGAGAUGAAGAGUCCUGUCCACCACGACAUGUCCUACUGCCCCUCUGCUAUAGUCACCACCACCGCCACACACCGUCAGCAGAACGUCUAUGACGUGGAACCCAAGGUGAGUGUUCUCCAGGGCUGUAACGGUGUGGUGGUUCCCACGUACCCUCAGAACCCGUACGACCUCCCCAGGAACAGCCACAUCCCCAGCCACUACGACCUGCUGCCCCUGAGACACAGCCAGAGCUACAGCCCUACACACAGCCAGGACCACAGCCACCAGAGCCACAGCCCACCCUUGCCCGGCAGCCCUACCAGCUCCCUGCUAUAGACAGACCACUCCCGAACGCUGGGCCGCGACCUUAGACCUAUGACUUACUGUUGGGGCACGGUCUGCUCCACCUGGGGUUGCGGAUAAACACUGUAAUGUGACUAUAGAGACAAAGUACCAGUGCAACAUCAAUGUUGGUGGACAUACUAGAUGAUAUACCAACAGAAGCUCUGUGUGGACUCACUACCGUGUGGACUCACUACCGUGUGGACUCACUGCUGUGUGGACUCACUACCGUGUGGACUCACUACCGUGUGGACUCACUGCUGUGUGGACUCA